CACGAAUAUGCACUCCGGCCGGUAUAGAACGCGCCGCACGACUGUCCCUCUCUCUGAUGUGACUGACGAAUGUGCACCCACCUCCCUUGACGUACACAGACAGACAGGCCAUCCAUCCAUCCAUCCAUCCAGUCUUCUCUGUGCUGUCCAUACCGUCGGAAAUGACAGAGAGCGGCAGACCACAACACGCCACACCACACAGACACAGACGGGGUGAACACAUUUCAAAACCCAUCAUUCGGUCACGCAGGCAGGCAGACAGCCAGGCGGAAAGGAAAAAGCUGUUGCUAAUUCCCACGCACGAGCCAAGAGGCAGCAGCGAACAUGCCUUUUGAUCUCUCUCCCUGCCUCUCUUCGUAGUCGCUGUGGCAUGGGGAGGGGCAGACAGACAGACAGACCCGGAGAGAGAGAGUUUGGCACGCCACACAAUACAUGUACACCUCUUUUCAAAAUCAAUCAGAGAAUGCCGAUGAGUGUGUGCGUCUUGUGUCACGCUAGCCAUGCCGACGCACGCCAUCAAUUAGCUAUAAGGACGGUAAAACGAACACACACACACACACAGAGAGAGAGAGAGAGAGAUCCAUAUGUCUUGUGUGUGUCUGUUUGGCUGUGUGUGUGUGUGUGUCUGGAUCAGGCGCGUUGCUCGAGAGCAAGGAACAAAGGAGAGACCACACACUCACACCCAGACAGGAAGGCAGGCAGACAGACAGUCAGGCAACACGUGGAUGCACUCACCCCCGAAGAAAAUGCAGCCACGUUCCUCCCCUCUCUCUUUUGCAUACAAGUCACCCACAUGGGUAUGUAGCCAUCUCCCUUACACCCCCCCAUGCAGGCAGACAGCCAGGCAGCGAUAGAAUGGUAUAUGCUCAGCAUGUGUGUGUGGGUGUUUGGCGCAGCGCCACGUGCUCACUACUUCUUCCAAAAUGACUUCUUCUGCUUCUCUCGCACGCAGAACUUGUGCGGCCAUCCAAAGACAUCGUCUUGUUCAAUUCGCGUGCACACCUUCUGUGCGUCCUGGUCAGAGAGGCAGAUGCCCCUGACGGCCGACUCAGCGUAGCUAGUGCGGCGUAUGUCUAUCACACAGACGGGCUCCUUGCCGCCGCAUUCUGGCCAAUGGACGACGAGCAGCCCGUCUUCAUUCUUACCCACCGAGCACGGGUCCUCUUUGAUGGUCGCAACUGCAGACAGACAGCGUACCCCCGGCUACCCCUGUAAAGGUACGUACGGUGUGUGCGUGCCUUUCUGCGCGCUGCCGGCUAUCGCGGCGAUCUGCCCCAGCGCAUUGGUGAUGGCUUCCAUGGCCGUGGCAGUCAGUUGCUGGGCGGUCGUGUGCAUGUGAUGAGCGGCCGUGAGGGUGCUCUUGGCGUGGUCGAGCUGCAGCUGCACCGAUGACAUCUGCUGGGCCUCCAACGCCACGGACAUCUCACCGCCUGCAGCCACCCAUCGAACACAUCAACCAACAUCAGUGAACACAGACAGAUCCGACGAAUGAGUCCACAUAUCGGACCCGGCCACCUACCGAGCUCUGCAGCCAGCCAUAGAUGGAUCAGCCAUCCAGCCAUCCGACGGACAAAAGAAAAGCAGAAAGAAAGAGACAGCAUGGCAGAUCUGCCACCGUUCGAUGGUCGGUUCGGUGUGGGUGUGCCCCCCUGUGGCUUACGUCGGGCAUAGUUGCGCUGAGCCGCCAGCAACGGCUGCACAAUGGCCGCCAGGCCCACCACCACGACCAUACCGAAGCCAAAACGCAUUAUGGCGGCUUGGCUAAAGCUCCGCAGACGGACGGACGGACGGACGUCGGAAUGAACCAACAAACGAUGCGUGACGCUCGUGAGAAAACUUCAGAUCUCCGGGGGAUUUCCGGCGAAAGUCCGCG